GAAAGCUUGCAACCCUGGUGGCGACUUUCGUCAGUUGGUCCCAUUCGGAUGUGUAGUACAAUGACAGCAACCAUGAAUCAGACUAUAUGCGAGAAACAGAACAUCACGAUGGAUUUGCUACGAUCACCCAUCCAGAUACCAUCAGCAUCGGACACAAUCAAAAUCGAAACACCGUCUACAAUUUCAUCCCAACCAUCUCCCAUCCAGACACCCCUCGCAGCAGCCUCAUCGGACAACUUUGAAAGACCGUCACUAUCGUACAAAGACCUCAUCAUUGAAGCAAUCGACAGAAGUCCUGAAAAACGAUUGAAGCUCAAUGAAAUCUACCAGGUAAUCCGAUUGCUGCACCCAUACUACAGACAUCGACCAGAUCAAUGGGGAUGGCAAAACUCGAUCCGACACAAUUUGAGUCUUCACGAUUGCUUUGUCAAGUUGCCUCUCAAACAGACUUCUGCCAGCGGAGUUGUCGGACACUUCUGGACCGUUGUUCCUGAGCUCAGUGACAAACAAACACUCAGAAGGCGGAAUCGUCAACAACCAAGAGCACUUGCAAAGAAGAGCGAUGCUGGAAGAACAUUAUCAAGAGAUGACAGAGGCAGCUCUGGAAGCGGAGAAACAUCGCCGAGCCCGUCGCAGCCUUCAAUCAGUCCACCAAAUGAGAACCCGAUGCCAUCAGUUCAGGCUUUGAAUGUGUUGGAGUUGCUGAGUGGAAUGAAUGACUACAAAGGGACGUUAUUCCAAAAUAAUUACCGUACAAAUCUAAUUCAAGACAAUAGUGCAGUGAAUGGGCUCCAGAACCUUCUCACCACAACCCUUAUGCAGAUCAAUCCACAACUUGGAGCACUCCUUUCUCUUGCAAAUCUCAAUAAUCUGACGACAAACCAACUACAGAUAGCCAGUCCGUCACUUUCUCCAAUCAAGGCCGAGAGCCAGUCUUUUCUUCUUCAAUAGGCACCGAUUCUGAACUGAUUGAAUUAGUCGCAGUUACGCCAACCUUUUUCUAUGCGUCGAUAUUAAUAUUGUUGGUUGUGCUCCUAGUUUGCACAUGCAUUGAUCUCGUGAUACCAACUCAUCGUCUCAUUGACUCCUAUGAACUGACUUCAUGUUGCUUUCCACUCUUUUCCUAUCCCAAAAAAACAAUACAAUCAUUUUUCUAUGAACCAAGCCCCUAGACCCCAAUUUCUUUAACUAGAACCAUCCUUUGCUUUUCCGUCACACACAUUGUUGUAACGGAGCCCAAUACUUGUAGUUGAACACGAGUCUCCACACGUACUCUGGAUAAGCUUAUACACCUAAUCUAUCCACUAGCCCAGCUCGUUCCAAAAUCUCGCUGUGAAGUCAUACAUCCUCUACACCCUUAAAGACCACAAUUGUUCUUUAAUAUUUUUUCACAACCCGUUUCAUUUUCAAAUCUGGUAACAUUUCUCGUUCCCCUUCUUCUAUUCUUAUUUUAUGAACCUCUCUUUCCCUCGUUUCCAUUAUCCCUGUUUCUAUGAACUGUUUCUUUUUUCUCCCCCGACUCUUUAUCUCCUGUCAUUAUCGUCAUUUUGAAAGGCUUUAGCCUCUUCUUGUUAUAUGUGUCGAUUCGAUUAGUAUUAGUCCUCAUCCUUUUUAUGUGCUGAGUAUCGAUUCACAACAUCCAAACUCCCCAGAUCUACUACCACCACAUCAUGGAUUCCUACACUUUUUCGCUGUCCCUUUCUUUAUCAAUCCUCGAUCCCCCUCCCCCCACCAGUUUCCUUUAUUUUAUUUUAUUUUGUUCUGAUACCUAAACCGUGUGAAACCCGUGCUACCGGUUCAAUGCAGCACCACCAUCAAGAAAAUAUUUGAUUCUGCACCCUACAAUAUCCAAUCAACUUUUCUUUACCACACAAUUAAUGUUUUUUCAUCAUCUUUGUCCCUUCACACUUUUUACAAUUUUUUGUCCCUCCGUCUUAAUUGUAUUUCCCAAAUUCAGCACAUUUUUUUGAAUGUGAUGUUUUGUGACAACACUUGGUUUUCCGUGUUUUCUUUUUUUCUUACAAUUUCAUUGGAAUAAACUUUGAAUACAU